AUGCACCCAUCAUCCCGUAGCCAGGAAGAUCCCUUCUAUGGCUUUGAAAGUAUCAAUUCGAUACACUUGUUGGAGAUCUGUAACUCUUUAGGGGCUCUAUGCCCAAAUAUUGGUUCUGGAUAUGCUCUGGCCAAUUUGACGUGUUUCAUUCAAAUAAUGAAAUUAUCAAGUGUUUUCCGCAGCUGA